AUGAAAGACAUCAAGGAAUGUGGAUCAAGGAGGAUUGUAUCAGGCCGAAGCCACAUUGCCACUAUGAGCAGCAGCUCAGUCACUCUAGAGGACCUGGAGCUCUUCCUUGAUGAUAGUCUGAAGUUCCCAGAAUCCCUGGUUCCAGAUGAGAUCUCUGAUGGUUGUGAGUAUAGCAACGGAGGGUCUUCCAUCGUGGUUCCUGAGCAAGACACUCCAAAACGCUGGAAGCAGCUAGAGCAGUGGGUGGCAGAUUUGCAGGCUGAGGUGAUCUGCCUUCGAGGGCAGAAGGAGCGUUCAGACCAAGCUGUCCUGGGUUUGUUGCGGGAGCUGCUCCAGAUUCGGGCCCGGAUACAGAUACAAGACUCUGAAUUGGAGAUGAUCCGGGAUGAGGUGAAGUUGCUCACACGAAUACCAGAGAAGGAAGCCUGUGAGCUCUCCAGUGCUACAAGUCAGAGCCAGAUGGAGUUAAUGGAGAAAAGGUUGGUGGAAGUCCGAGAGGCCCUAGUCCAAAUUAGGCGGAAACAGGCUCUCCAGGAUAAAGAAAAGAAGAAUUUUGAGGCAGAACUAAACCUCAAGUUGGACAAGCUGAAUGGGGAUCUAAAGGAAGAAGCUGAGGGGCGGGAAACAGCCUUCAGUGCCUUGCAGCGGAGCCAAGAGGAGAAUGCCUGCCGAGCUAGUAGAGAUAUUGCUGGGGUACAGGCACAGGCACUUCAGCUUGGAGAGGAGAUGAGUCUCAAAUUCCUGAAAAGAGAAGCCAAGCUUUGUGGCCAUCUUCAGAAAAACUUUGUGGCCAUUGAUAAGAAAAUGAAAGUUUCUGAGAACACAAGGCUCAAAUCUGAGAAGAACCUAUGGGAAGAACUGGAGGUCAAAUGGCAGAAAAUCCAGGUGCUAAAUGAAGACCAUUUUCGAAGCUUGAAGCACCAGCAGGAGCAGGAAGAGUCUCGCCUCUUAGACCAGUGUCAAGCCUUGGACAAUGCUGUCGUCCAGCUGACUGAAUUUGUAAGGCAGAACCAGACAUCUCUCAAUAGGGUCCUCAAGGAAGAACAGAAAAAUAGAGAAGCUCAGGAGCAAUAUGAGAAGGAGAGUGUGGAAAAAUUUAACACCCAGCUGCAGACAGACAUCUCAGCUGUCAUGGAAUCUUUUGACAGUGUACAGCAAGAAACUCGCAGUGAACUGGACAAGAUCCAAGAAAAGAGUCAGGUCUUGGAGGAGUCCAUUGGUCAUUUGGUCAGAGAGGUCAGAGACCUGAGUGAUCACUUUGUAGCUUUGAGCUGGAAAUUUGAUCUGCAGGAACAGACCUUGAACCUGAAAAUGUCUGAGGCAAAGAAGGAGUGGUCAGAGGAGGAUAAAAGAGCAUUGGAGAAAUUCAUUCAAUGGCAGAAUGAGACGAUAGUGCAACUGAAAGAACUACAAGAGAAAGUGGAAAGCUUCCUCAAGCAGGUAGCAGAUGUGAAUGACAGGUGCCUCCUCCAAAGAAGUGACUUUGAUCAAAGAAUAAUCACUGAGAGCAGAGUCCGGGAUCAUGAGGUAGGGUUAGUGAAGCAGGAGUUGGCAGCGGUUCUGUCUGCUUUGCAGCUGCUCAAGGAGGAGAACCCUAGCAGGAAGAUAGCGGAGAUACAGGGCAAGUUGGCCACGUUUCAGAGCCAGAUAAUGAAGAUGGAAAACAACAUACAAGAUAACAAGACUAUACAGAACCUGAAAUUUAACACUGAAACCAAAAUGCCAGGGUGGCCCUAUCUUCAUCCUAAUCUCCUAAUAUCUCUCUGCUGCUCCCAUCAGAGGGUAGAGGAGAUCGCUCACCUCCGAGAGAAUGUGAUGAAGCUAUGGAGUGAUGAAGGACCCUGGGCCCUGACGCUUGGUAGCAAAAAAAUGCUUAUGUCCCUUGUGAGACAACGAUUUUUUAUCAAGGAUGUGGGCCCUGACGAGGUCACCCAGAUAAACAGAUGGGGCCUAUAUCAGGCAGUGAGGUGGCUGAAAUGGAAAACAAUCCUUUCCAAGCUAAAAAUGAAGGGAAGGCCAAGAAAAUAUCAUCUCAGGGGCCCUAGUGGAGAAGCCUACAGUUCUGGAGCCUACUCAGUGGCUUGACUUUCCUCCCUUCCUAAAAG